AGUCAGACUGCAAGUACCGGGCACCUGGACCGGCCACCGCGGGGCAGUCAGGGGCUACACAUACCGCGGAGCCCUCUCGGAGACCAGGACACAGCGAGGCUGGCAAGCCGAGAAGCAGGAAGCCGGUCCACGGCGUGGCCAAGAAGAGGCCGAGGAAAGACAGUGACCCUGCUACUCACGGAGGACCAGUUCCCUGCGCUAACAGAUCGCCACCGCCCUCUCCCCACUACCGCCCCUGCGCCGCGCACACCUUGGGCUGCUGCGACCAAGGCCUGCCGGCGAGGGCGUGGUCGGGGGCGUGGGUCCCGCGCUGUCAGUCCAGCGGCCGGCCUCCCAGCUCCGCGAGCUCGCCGCCCCCGCCGGGAACGCGGCCCAGUUCCGGCCUGCUACGCCCAGUCCCGACCUGCGUCCCCAAGGCCCGGCCGCCCUGCGCCGCUCGCGGCGGAAGCCCCGCCCCGGAAGCCGAGUUCUGCCACAGGCGCCAGGCAGUUCCCGAGAGGAAGGCAGGGGUCGGGGGACCCCGCCCCUUCCGCAAGUCCCGCCCUUCCGCACCUCUGGGCGCCUUCGCCGCGCCUUCUGUGGCCAUGGACGCAGGGCGAGCCAGGCGCAGAGCGUGGCGCAGAGCCCCGGGCCCGCGAAUGACCGGGGCUCGGACUCGCUCGGCCGAGGACUGGUGGUGGGAUCGGCUGGCGCCCAGCGGCUCUGGGUACCACCUGCUACAGGCAGACAGCAUGCUGCUCGUGCUGCCCGGCCCGGGGCCCGUCCGCGCCCGCGCGCACAGGCGUACCACCCGCCGCGCUCAGCGGCCACUGCCCUCGGGCCCCGCCGCGACAGUCAAGCCCAGGGCCAGGCCCCGACCGGAGCCGACUCCUGUCCCUGAACAGGAGCCGGACCCGGGCUGGGGAGAUCGCAUUCCCUUGGAGGUUCUGGUGCAGAUUUUCGGGUUGCUGGUGGCUGCCGAUGGGCCCCUGCCGUUCCUCAGCAGGGCUGCGCGCGUGUGCCGCCGCUGGCACCAGGCAGCUUCCCAGCCCGCCCUCUGGCAUACGGUAACCCUGUCGCCCCCGCUGGCUGCCCGAGGUGUCAAGGGCAGCGUUAAGGCGGAGAAGAAGCUCCUGGCUUCCCUGGAGUGGCUCAUGCCCAGUCGGUUUUCACAGCUCCAGAGACUGACCCUCAUCCACUGGAAGUCUCAGGUGCACCCUGUGUUGAAGCUGGUUAGUGAAUUCUGUCCUCGGCUCACCUUCCUCAAGCUUUCAGAUUGCCACAGCGUGACUGCAGAUGCUCUCAUCAUGCUAGCCAAAGCCUGCCACCAGCUCCACAGCCUGGACCUACAGCAUUCCAUGGUGGAAUCCACAGCUGUGGUGAGCUUUUUGGAGGAGGCUGGACCCCGAAUGCGCAAACUGUGGUUGACCUACAGUUCCCAGACAACAGCCAUCUUGGGUGCACUACUGGGCAGCUGCUGCCCCAAGCUCCAGGUCCUGGAGGUGAGCACUGGCAUCAACCGCAACAACACUCCUCUGUUGCUGCCUGUUGAGGCUCUGCAGAAAGGCUGUCCCCAGCUGCAGCCUGAGCCUUGUCCCCAGGUACUGCGGCUGCUGAACCUGAUGUGGCUGCCCAAACCUUCUGGGCGAGGGACAGCUCUGGGACCAGGCUUUCCCACCCUUGAGGAACUCUGCCUUGCUAGCUCCACCUGCAACUUUGUGAGCAAUGAGGUCCUGGGCCGUCUGCUCCAUGGCUCCCCCAAUUUGCGCCUACUGGAUCUUCGUGGCUGUGCCCGCAUCACGCCUGCUGGUCUGCAUGAUCUACCAUGUCAAGAGCUGGAGCAGCUGCACUUGGGCUUGUACGGCAUGUCUGACCGGCUGACUCUAGCCAAGGAGGGCAGCUCUCUGUUGACCCAGAAGUGGCAUCACACCCUGCGGGAACUGGACUUGAGUGGCCAGGGCUUCAGCGAAAAGGAUCUGGAGCAAGCCUUAGCUGCCUUCUCUGACACCCGUGGAAGCUCACACCCUGCUCUGUACUCCCUCAACCUCAGAGGUACCCAGGUCACAGCAAGCACAGUCAGCUCUGUGAUCAGUAGCUGCCCUGGCCUGCUGUACCUCAACCUGGAAUCCUGCCGCUGCCUCCCCAGGGGCCUGAAGCGUGCCUACCGGGGCCUAGAGGAAGUCCGGUGGUGUCUGGAACAGCUACUCACCAGCCGACCCCCCUCCAGCUAGGUGGAUCCAGCCCUGCCCUGUACCCUUUCCCAGUUUGGGAUGUUUAAACAUUUUGUUACAAUAAAACAUUUUUAGGAA